UUUGUUUUGAUGUUAAUGCCCCCAACAAAAAUAUCUUCUGACGCUUUGCCGGCUAGUGACCCUGACUGCUCACGUGACAGCGUCGUUAUUUCCGCGUCCCAAGUCCGAAGGCGGCUAUGGCUGGUUCAGGUGCCACGGUGGAUAAGAUUGCUGUCUGUGACGGGUGAUGUGCUGUUUGCCACCGAAGUUACGGCACCAUUUGACAUUGCAAUAGUGUGGCUGCAAAAACCUCUUCCUGAUAUUAUUGUUCCAAAUUUAGCCUCUUCUUUCAAGCCAGGUAAAAGUGUGUGCGUCAUUGGCUAUGGUGCGUUUGGCCAUAGUUGUGGACAUUCUGUUACAUCGGGGAUUCUGUCUAAAGUCGUCACCUGCCAAUCGGAAGCAGUGAUGCUGCAGACUACCUGUGCAGUGCAGGCAGGUGCCAGUGGAGGUGCUUUGGUGCAAGCAGAUACAGGAGAACUUCUAGGUCUUGUAUGCAGUAAUACACGGGACUUUGCCGCUGAUGUGACCUAUCCACACCUCAACUUCAGCAUCCCUAUGAGUGUGUUGGCGCCUCUUCUGCAGGCGUUUUGUGUGACACAUGAUCCCAAAGUAUUCCAGAAACUGGAUGAUGCAGGACCUGAAGUUGCUAGGGUGUGGCGACUGCAAAUCAGGCCCCAACGGCACCAAAACAGCAAACUCUGACCGGCUCUCCAAUCAAAGAAUGAAUGAAUAAACGAACAUUGGUCUGUAUUGUUGGCCAGGUGAUUUUAAACUUCAAGGAAAAUGUAAUUUAUACUUCGAUAUCUAACAAAGCUAAAUCAAGCCAUAGUUUGUUAUAGUGUUUUUGUAUUUUAAUGCUUCCAUGGUAUUUGCCCAGCUUGACUUGUAAUUAAGUGGCAAUGUACAGUAUGUAUGAAAAUAUGUAUAAAUUGUUAAACAUUUUAUACAUAAUUUAUUGUCAUCUGUUUGCUGUUUUUAGCUGCAUACUUAUGAAUAAUCUGGUACUGGCGUAGUACAGUAGAAUCUUAAUUGCAUCAAAGAAAUUUUCUAAUUGAAAGUCUGGUGAUUAUCACCUUAAGUCAGUUUAAUGCUCUAUAUUUUGCUAAAUAACAUUAAGUGUAUAGGCUUAAAUUAGAUUUUACAGAGAUACAUCACACAAUGCAACCAUUUAACCAAAAGCUGGAUAACUAAUGUUCUUCUCGAUUUGUUUUCCUUCUUGAUUUGUAAUUUACGUGGCCUCUGUGUGAUGGUAACGUCACCGGUUUGAAUCCUCAGCAGGGCAGAAUAGUCACAUUGCCAAGUGGCUCUUAAGCAAGGACCUUAACCCCCUGACAAAUACCCCUGGAGUGCUGGGUAAACGGCUGACCCUCCACUUUCAAUUGUGUAUCCAUCCAUCCUCCAAACUGCUUAUCCUUCUGGGUCAUGGGAGGUCUGGAGCCCCUGUAGGAAACCCCACAACGAAA